AUGGACCCAGUGCAGGCACAGCAGGCACCGGCUCUGCAACAGGCUCUGACGAUCAUACCGACUGCGCCCAUCUUCCACCUGCGGCUCCCCAUUCUCGACAAAUACCGCCCAUCGACCGAACGCACGAAGCCACUCACGGAUAUCUACAACGGGACUUGCGCCGGUACAAAGCGUGACGUCCAAGACGUCGCAUUCAAGAAUGCAAUGAAGCAUCUCUAUACACUUCAGGGAGAGGUCACAGACGAGCAGAUCAUUGCAAACUUAUUGCCCGAUACAAACGAUGGACAGGUUUCAAAAGGCGACAUGAGAUACGCCAGGACCUUUAUUUCGGCACUGCAGAGCCAGAACUUCAGUUCUGGAAAAGGCUGGAUGAUUACGAAGUUGGAGUCAGAGAUUGCGUGGGAGGACUUCAAGACUGUGCUCUUUAACGCCGUUCGCUUGGCUCACAUCUCCAAUCGACGCACCGAAGACGUGUCAGAUGCGCAGUUCGAUGCCAACCAUGACGCCGCGGCCGACCUACUGGCGAAAGUAGCUGCAGCUAAGGGCAGGACUGUUGCUAAGAUCAGGACCGAGAUCAAGCACAUCGAGAACGACACAAUCUCGAUUUUGAGGUACGAUAAGCGCGAUGAGGCCGGCUUCACCGAUUCCGCGCUCAAUCGACUCAAGAACGGGGAAAUUGAGCGUCUCGAAGGGCUCAUCUCAAGUCUCGAGGCUUGGCCUGAAUCCGAGUUUCCGGAAGGAGUCCUGGACGGAGCCGACCCUGAUCUCUUGGGAGAUGCGCGACUCACAUUCACCGAGUGCUCUCCAUCGCCGACUCGAUCGAGUUUCUCCAGUCGCUAG